AUGCAGCCCGCGUCUUUAGCGCAGCCGGGAUGCGGGAGUCGGUGCGGGAUGUGUCCGUCGUGCGUGUUCGCUCCGAAGCCACCGGGAGCCGUUCAGCGCGUGUGGAGGGCGUCGGAGGAGUUCAGGAGGAGGUUCCUCAUGGCGCUGCUGUUACGCUGCAGAAGCAUCCGGCUGCUGGAAAGCAUCCAGAGCGCGCUGGACGUCGCCUCGUGGACUCUGUGCACGUACGCCAGGUCCAGAAGACCCUGUUCACCGGCAGACUUUCCUCGUCGAGGCUCCCACCGAGCGAUGGAGGGAAAGCCAUCAGGUGUGCGCGAGCCGGAGAUCAGGGAGUGGUUCAGCAGGAGUCCAGACUGGGUCAAAUCCGGUUAUCUCUGCCGCAUAUUCACACUGUGCGACUUCGAGCUUUUACGCAUGGCCUCCAACUUAGCCAGUGUCCUCCUGGUCCGGAAAAAACAAGGAUUUCUGCAACCUGUGAGUAGCCACCAUGGGAGUCAACAGGACGAAGACUCAGAGGAUCCUGCACUGAUGGUCGUCCCCGGAUCAUCGAAGUCCGUGUCUGGGGUCGGCCGAUACCGAGACUUCGUCGCUGGCCUGCCCGUUCAUCUGGCCAAGAGGAUUUUAGGUCUGUUAGACGAGCACACUCUGAACGACUGCAAGAAGGUCUGUCGGUCCUGGCAGCAAACGGCACACGAGACCCUGGAAGAGAUGAAGUUCAGAAGAGUUUUUCAGGAUCAAAUGAAGGCCAUGAUGAAGAGUUGCAAAAGGAGAAUCAGUCCCACUUAUGCCAACAUCGUUGAAGUGCUCGUCCCCAUAAAGGACGAUGAGGAAGAGAGUGUUCAUUCUCCGAUCCAUAAGGCGAUGCCGUUUCAGUCUGCGUACGAGAACAUCAGAACCAGAACCGAGCACGUGGAGGAGCGGAAUGUGUACUGCGGCGCCUUUUUCACCAAAGUGCUGCUCGCCAAGGAGGAUCCUCACCGGGUGGUGGACUACAGAGGGGGGUCGCUGAUGGCCACGGGCUCCAAGGACUGCCGGGUGUGUGUGCUCCGCGUGGCGUCGGACGUCAGAGAGGUGUCCGUGCUGAAGGGACACGUCGGCAGCGUCCACGCCGUGCUGCUCUGUCCGGACAGGGGCCUGCUGAUCACCGCCAGCCGUGACGCCAGCAUCAGAUGCUGGAGUUUGAUGACAGACAGAUGUGAGAGGAUGCUGUACGGUCACAGCGGCAGCGUCAACUGCCUCGACGUCUACGAGGACAGACUCGUUUCGGGGUCGGGGGACUGCUUCGUCAAAGUAUGGAGUCUAACCACAGGAGAACGUUUCGAGGGUCUUAAGUUCAAGCACCCCAGGCCCGUCCGCUGUGUGAAAAUCUCCAGAACGGCGGUGUUCAGCAGCUGCGAUCGCGGUCUGGUCAAGAUGUGGAGCCUGGAGAAGGGAUCGCUGCUCCGGGUGAUCGACGCCCACAGGAGCUCGGUCAGGUGUCUGUUCUUGGACGAGAGGCAUCUUCUCUCUGGGGACGCCGGCGGCACCGUCAUGGCGUGGAGCGUCGACAGCGAAGCCAAAGAGCGUCUGGUCACCUUCAGGCACCCGAAGGAGGUUAAAGCCCUGACUCUGGCCUACCUUCGCGUCGUCACCGGCUGCGUGGAUGGAAAGAUCCGCAUAUUUAAUUUUCUCACUGGGGAGUGUCUAAAAGACAUAACAGCAGAGGCUGAAGCAGGCCUCAUACUGUCCGUGCACUUCCAUGAUAACAGUAUCCUGGUGAAUGCUCAGUCCAGUGUGAAGCUCUACCAGUUUGCCCACGUCUUCUGGGACUACGCCGACGCCGUGCAGGGCGGCCAGGGCCACGUCGUCGCUCGGGACGAGUCGGUUUCAAAGAAAUCUGCGGCUCCAUUGAGAGAGCUCCCGUCUGUCGGGCCAGACGCUGAGCGGCUCUCGCAGAUCCACGGCCGGUCCGCCUCCGCCAAACGCCAAGCGCACGGUCAGAGCGAGCGAGUGUUUCUCAGAGGAAGAGAGAUGAUUUGAAGUGAGUUGAUCCUCGUUCUCAUUUCCUCCCCCCCAGCAGUGAAAGAGUCGGUGAGGCUGAGCGAGAGGGCGGCGUCUCAGCGGAUCAAGAAGAGAGGUCUUCACCAUCCGCUGACGCGCGAUUGCAUCGCGCUCAAGGUCAACGCCGUCCAGAAGACGCAGUGUGUGGACGAAGCCAGCGUCAACAUGGAGAGCAACGCCAGGCUGCGGGAUUCGUGGGCUCCCCGCACCGCUCAGGACUCCCCACGCCCCGGAGGUCGAGCCGUCAGGGCCUCCACCUGCGUGCCAGGUCUGAAGCCAGACAACGCAUCGAAACGCAGCGUCUCCUCCACGUGCGUCCAAACCGCCAAGACGAUCCAGAGGCCGGGCGGCACCGCGGAGCCGAGGAGGCGCGAGCACCAGCUUCACAGAUCUCUGUCUAAUCCGUGCCUGUUGAGAUUCAGUCCGAUCUUCCCCAGCGUUUCCUCUCCAGACACAGCAGGAGAGCAGCGAGGCGCCAGGCCGGGGAAGACCGAGCACUCCGAGCUGAAACCGUCCAGGAGGAAUCCCAUGGUGUUCGGAGGACUGUCAAAAAUGCAUCGAUGA